CAAAGCUGAGAAAUGGUGAAUUAUAAAAAUCAAUGGUUUGCUAAAUUCGGUCACGAUUGCGACAUAAAAUUGGCCAAAGAAGAACAAUUACCGAUGUUUCGAAUGGAUGGAAGCAUAUUGUUACAAAUAAAGAAUCGUAUUAUUCGUUCGAUGAUGGCCUCGGAGGUAAAUUUACGAGGAAAUCGAAUUUUGCGGAGCCAAAAAGCCGUCCAUGAGGAGCAUAUCAAGCAAAUGAAAUAUCCUUAUAUCAUUCAUCCGUUUAGUACGGUGAGGAAAAAUUGGGAAAUAAUAAUGUUGGUGACUUUUUUAACGGUUUUUCUAACAAUCCCUUUGGACGUUGCAUCCUACGCAUUUCCUUUAAAGAAUAAUUUAAACCAGUGGACGCAUUGGAAGUGUUUUCGCUUUAUUUGCGACAUGACGUGUUUUUUGGACGUUUUUGUUAACUUCUUCACCGGUUAUGUUGAUGAUAAAAAUCAUAUCAUCGAGAUGGAUCCAAAAAAAAUCGCCAGCCACUAUGCAAGAACUUUUUUCUUACCCGACUUUUUCUCAUCACUCCCAUCCCACGUCGAAUUACUCGUUUACACUGAACGAGAUGAAACUUCGAUAUCAAUGGAAGGAAUUUUCCAUUAUUGUUCGUUGUUGAAAGUGUUUCGAGUUGCUACUUUUACGAAUUAUUGCCGAAGAUUUAGCAUGGAAAUGAAAAUUAAUUUUAUAACGUAUCAAGCUUCGAUGAGCGUGCUUUGUUAUCUCCUUUUUUUUCACAUUUUGGCGUGUUUUGGAAUGAUUUUCGUUGGAUUAUCUGGGGUGCAUCAUAAAGUUUACAACACGAAUUACGAUUAUUGGUCGUAUUAUGUGGUGUGGCCCCAAGUGAAUAGUACGAGAGUCAUCGAUUUUUCCGAGGGGUACUUAUUAAUGUUGCGCCAAUCGAGUUAUAUUGGAACUUUCGCUUAUUUAGAUGAUUUUGUUGAUGCGUCUUUACCCCAUUGGUACAUAUUUCUCGUUUGGUGCAUUGCCAAAUUGGUUUUUUUUUAUUACAUUGGCCGAUUAAUGCAAGUUUUGGCGAUUUCGAGAUCAUCCUCGAAGAAAUACCAAGAAAUGUUGCGCGAAUUAAAAGAAUACAUGAUGCAUAAACAAUUACCGAUGUCUUUGCAAUCGCGAUUAAUGCAAUAUUACGAAUUUCGGUUCCAACGAAGUUAUUUCAAAGAGGUGGAGAUUCUCAGAACCGUAUCUGGGCAAUUAAAACAAGACCUUCAAAUACACAGCUGUCGAAUGAUCGUGGAACGGGUUGAAUUCUUCAAAGCGAUGCCGAUGGGUUUAAUAAUGCAGAUAGUGAGUGCGUUACAAACCGAAAUUUACAUGGUAAAUGACGUCGUUGUUAAAGCAAAAUCACCAGGGACUUGUAUGUUUUUUAUCUCAUCUGGAUGUGUAGCAUGUUACACAAGAAAUGGGGUUGAGUUGAUUCAUUUAAGCGAUGGUGAUUAUUUUGGCGAACUCCCGUUAAUACAUGGUACAGCUAGCAGCCGCGAAUGGAAUGUUAUUGCGGUUGAAACGUGCGAAUUAUACCGUUUUGAUUACGACGAUUUCCUAAAAAUAAUCGCCCCACAUUCUGAGUAUUUAGAUAAAAUCACGCAACACGCCCAACAAAGAUUCGAAAUAUUGCAAUUUUACGAGUCUCGGUAUCAAAAUAUUAAUUCAGUUCGUGGCACUUUCGCAUAAAUAAAUCAAAAAAAAAUUUAA